AUGGCGAACUACAAGCAUCAUGGAGAACCAUAUGUUGCAAAUGACCCAAACGUUGAAAAUGUGGGUGGUCGUAAUAUUGAUGUGAGUGGAGAUGAGUCGGAUAGUGACUAUUCUGAUAAUGAGGAGGAACAGGUUUACGAGAAACUAAAAAGCAGAACUUGCCCACAGGUGUUGGUUAAUUCAUGCAAGAAAAUGAAUGCCGCACAGAAAAGAGCAGUUAAUGAGAUUGGCUUUGGAAGUAUAUUUCAUCUAAGUGUGAAUAAAUUACCAAGGAAAUUGGGAUAUUGGUUACUAGAUAAUUUUCAACCCAAGACAUGUGAGAUAAAGCUGCAAAAUGGACAUAAUGUGCACAUUGAAUCUGAAGAUGUGGCCUUGGUCUUAGGGUUUCCAAAUGGUGAGUGUGCUAUAAAAAAGAAAAAGAAACACGAACAAUGCUCAUUACUUGAAGAGUGGGGUGGGAAAUUCGUAAAAGACAAGAAGAAAAUUCUUCCCAAUGAUGUUUCAGCUGAAAUGUUGUCCAAUCAGGAUGGGGGCUUAUGGUUCAUUCGACAUUUUUUAGUUCUACUCACCUCGUGCUUGAUAGAGACAUCAGGUACUGGAUACAUUUUACCUCAAAUAAUGACCCACUUUAACAAUACGAGUGCGGUUCAACAUCUCAAUUGGUGUGACUAUGUGUUGGAGUGCUUGGUUAACCAUCACAUAACUUGGGCAAAAAACAAGAAAAAGAGUUUCAAUGGGCCAAUUUUUUUUCUGAUGAUGUUCUAUGUUGAUCGUGUUGUUAUUUACAAAAGAGUUGUCCCUAGAUGUUUACCAUUGGUAAGAGGGUGGACAAAUAAAUUACUACGCGAAAGGCAAAAGACAGAAAUUAGAUCUGGCGGAUUUGGGGGUGGCUACCCAAGCGCUAGACAGAAAUCCACUGAAGGCCUGAUCUAUGAAAAACUUGAGUUUGCUCAAAAGUCAUCAGUUGCAUUACAAAUGGUGGAAGAAGUACCAAAUUCCCCACUUGAUGGCAAUGCCAAUGUAGAUACAGCUCAAUCAUUUAUAUCUGAAUUUUUAAGAAAAAGCAAGAUGCUUGCCGUUGCAAUGGUUGACAUGUUGGGGUUGGUUGAGCAGGCACCUAGUAAACUUAGUGAACACUCUGACUACAAGAAGGUGGUUGACACAACAGAAUCAUUGUUGGGUUGCAGACCAACUAGAAAUACCGAAACUGAUAUCAGUGAUAGCGAUAUCGUGUUGUUCUCAGAACAAGUUUUCCUACCAAAUGUGCACUCCUUGGAUCAAACACAUAAGAGAAAGAGGAAUCAGGCCGUGCAUUCUAAAAAUGUGAAUCAUUCACUUAAGCAGGGUUGCCAGGAUAACAAAGAGAAAUGGAAACUGAUAAGUACUCCACCAACUGGUACUCGUGAGGUUGCCACAGAUAAUUGCAAAGAAAGAAAGAAAGUAACAUUUUUUGAUACGUCUAACCAACAAACGUUCAAAGGGAAGGAAAUAGAGGUCCUGCAGCCUGAACACGAGAAUCAUUCGCUUGUGCAGGGUUGUCAUAAUAGCAAAGGGGAAUGGAAAUUGAUAUGCAGUCCACCUACCGGUACUAGUGAGCCUGCGACAGAUACGGGCAAAGAAAGAAAGAAAGCAACUUUUCUUGAUACGUCUAACCAACAAAAAUUCAAAGGAAAGGAAAAACAGGAAAUGUUACCCCCACCCAGCCACUAUAUGGAGCGCCGAAAUAAACAAGAUGUAAGAAAAAGCGAGAAACUAUUAUCACCAUACCAUACCCGUGUGCUAGCAGCGACAUCUAAAUUCAACAAAAAUGAGAGAGAUUUAUGCUUCUGGAUUUUGGACGACAUGGAUAAAAUGUAUACUCCGAAACUUGACAUUCUGAUUUACACCGUACAUAUGGAAGAAGCAGUAUUCUCAAGUGGUCACAUUGAGUGUUUGAGACGUGAGUUAUUAUCAAUUAGACCAUCACUAUUUGUGAGCACUACUGUUGUAGAUGUCUGGGCAACUAUUUUGAAUAACCUGGAGUUGUUAAGGUCACAUGGCUCGCCACUAAGAUUCUUUUUUACAGUCGAUACUUGUGCUUUCACUAUCGUGAACCCAGCAAAGGACUGGAGCAUCGGAGUGAGACGUAUCAUGUUUAAUGACUGUAUGACAGAACAACUACAAAGAGCAGGCCAGCAAGUUGAGAACAUUGACAUACUUUUUUUUCCGAUACACCAUGAAGAGCAUUGCUACAUCAUGUGUCUGAAUGUGAAGAAAUUGAACAUUGUGUUGAUUGACAACUCAACUUCUACAAUGAAUGGUGCUAUUGAGAAUAAUAUCAAACCGAUCAAUGGCCUUCUAAUUGCUCAAAGACUGCAAAAAUUUCAACUUCUACAACAUUUGCUCAGAUUUUCUCAUAUGGAGUUGAUCGUCUGGAUCCCAAUUGCAAACUCCGCCGAACAACCGGAAAUUCCACCAGCCAACAUCAACUACCACCACCAGAAAUUUCUCUAUACAAAAUAA